AUGGUAUUUAUGACAACUCUCGAGUAUAAGGUUAAUUCAACCUAUAAUUUCGUUAUACCCGUGUAUAUUGAAAACAUAGGAACGAACUACAGAUUAAAUCUUUUCGUGCAGAAAAGAAAAAAAAACAGUCUUCCAAGAGCAAAUAUGAAAAGAAACUUUGUGUUGAUUGUUUUCAUCAUUCACUAUAAUUAUUGUAUAAAUGCUGAUUCCACAUCAGCAAAUCGAACGUUAGCACCGUACAAUGCCAUUGUUGGAUAUGCAUCAAAUAACGUUGAAGCGUAUUCGAAUGGAAAUGACAGUUUCAUAUCCGAUGAGUAUUCAUAUUUGUAUGGAGUAUUCAUGGGGAUCAAAUGGCAAUGUGUUGAGUACGCACGUCGAUGGUUAUUUCAACGUAAAGGUUGUAGUUUCGCAAGUGUUGAAGGUGCUGCUGAUAUGUGGACGCAAUUAGAUGAAGUACAACGUGUCGAAGAUAAACGAUGUUUUCCGCUUCGAAAAUAUCCGAACGGUUCUCCUUCUCGACCUGCAAACGAAUCUUUGUUGAUUUAUAAUCGGUCAGCCACAUCCAUGCCUUAUGGACAUGUUGCAGUGAUUGUUGAUGUUCUAUCGGAUGUCAUUCGAGUGGCCGAAGAAAAUUGGGACUUUUAUUAUUGGAUGGAUAAUUAUCCAAUCAUUGGUUGGAUGUCCAUUAUCGAUGUACAAAAUCAAACAAAACCUUUAGAUCAAAUGUCGAUCGGUAAUAUUUUAAAAUUAAACGGUUCAUCACCUGAUUUCGUGUAUAAGCAUCCUUCAUAG